AUGUUAUUGACGGAUCACAUAAUACGUUUAUUCUCCUCUAUUGAGUUGCAGCGCGAGUUGGCACCAAUUUGCCCUGGCCCAGUGCGCCUAGCCGAUGCUGCACUCUGCCUUUAUGCCCCAAUUCUGUGGCCCUGCCAUGCUGACGAACUGGUCCACAUUCGCAUCGACCCUGGAGAGGGUCGGAUCCACGUGAUUCUCGGUAUAUCUGUAUCAUCUGCAGCUGCCGCUAGUGGUGGUCUCGACCUCAUCUUCGGAUCCAGCAGCGGCGCUCCCACCACUAGCAGCAGUGGAGGAAACACUUCAAGCGCAACAGGGUUGCCAGCAGCUGAUUUUCCGCAGAUAGUGGGUGACAUACAAUCAACACUCGCCACCCUAGAGUUCGCUUUUAAUAGACCCUCCACUCGGCGCAUCGAAGCCACUUCUGUCAGUCUAUCCUCCGGAGUCGGACUUGGGUCCGGACAACUUACAUCAAAUGUAUCUCCCGCUCAAGCACGUGCCUUUCGAGCACUUUCCGGUGAAGAAACACGUUGGCGGGCUACAAUCCAGGCGGCACUGGACCGCCUUCGUGUGCAACUAGGACUUUGUCGGCUGGUGAAUUCUGCAACUAAGCAUCGAGCCGUUUGGCAACCCGUACGCCGACAACUGCCUAUCCUCUUGCCUCCAUCUGUAGAACAGGCGCAGCAGACAGCUUCAGGAUCGUCUGUUGGCAAGCAAACGCCUACCGGGCUCCCCAGGAGCUUGGUUUCACCUCCUUACAGGGCUUUGUUGGAACGUGUACAGCUGGGCCGCGCCGCCGUUGUUUUUAUUAAGCUUUUGCCCAAUAAUGAACAUUACCUGGUUUUUUAA